AUGGGUUGCCCCAUCCUGCCCAGCCGCUAUAGGGGGCAUUUGGCUGCAGUGGAGGGAGCCUUUGAAGGAAAAGCAGUAAAAGUCGGGAGCUGGGUGAAGGGAAGCAGCUUGGCCCUCCGCUGCCAGGCCGGGGUCGGGGUGGGGUGGGGGCGCCCGCGGGAGAACUUUCUGGGCCCGGCCACGGGGCGGGGACCACGCGGAACUGUGCAGGGAGACCGACAGUCCGACCCCAGGGAAGGGGUGGGGCAGUCCCCCGAGCCCGCCCCGGGAGGGGAUCUUUGGGGGCGGUGGAGUUCGGGGCACGUGUCGGUGCUGGGAGGGGGCGGGGGGCCCUCACCCCGCUCCCACCCCGGGCCCGGCCCCCUCGCGCGCGCGCAGCCCCGGGCCAGCCAGCGCAGCCGCCCGGGCGGGGCGGGAGGGCAGCAGGGCCGGGCCGAAGCCCCUCGGGACUGGACAGGACGGGACGGGACAGGGCGCGUCAAGCGAGCGGGUGAGCGUGCGCCCCGCAGCAGCCGCCCCAGCAGUGCACGGCGGGCCGGCUGGCGGGCCGGGCGGCAGGAAGCCAGCCAGGAGGGCCGGCGGGCAGGGGAGGGGCGGGCGUGCCAUGCCGCUGCCGCUGCUGCUGCUGCCGCCUUUGUGCAAAGUUGGGCAGCGGCUGGCGGGCGGCGGCAGCGCGCGGCGCCCCGUGCGCCCCCGGGCCCCGAGCUGUGGCUGCUAGAGCGCACGCCCCCCGGCCCCGUGCCUGCCUGCCAGCCAGCCAGCCGGCCAGCCGGCCCUCCCUCCGACCGGCCGCCGCGGACCACCGAGCGCCGCCCCCGGCUCCAGGGCUCCAGGCAACCGCGGCUUCCUCGCUGGCCGGUACCCCGGCCGCCCUCCCUUAGGGGCAGCGCUGUUUGCGGUGGCGAUGACCGUGCCCCUGCAGACAAAGGGAAGUGA